AAAAACGGAAGAAGAAGAAGAAAGACGUGACGUCAUCUGUCUUUAUCCAGCUGCAGCACGAGCUAACGCUGUAGUAAUGAACUCCGAUUAGCAUACGAUGGGAUUUCAGGAAUAUUUCAGACAGUGAUUCCGUACAGACUCCUCAGUGUGUGUGAAGAUGUGUGAUCUGAGCUCAGCGCUCAUUAAAGAGGGCUGGUACCUUACAGAUGAAGGAAUAAAGGAGUGUAAAAGUUCAACAGAGAAGGAGAAAACAUCACCUACUGACAUCAUCCAAGUAGCACUAAACAGUGAUCUGAGACCAAUCGGAACGAGCUUUCUGCCAACAGACAUCAACAGUGGACGAGUAGAAAAGGUGUGUUCGUGCCCAUGUGUCCUUCAGGUGCAGAAGAUUCGUAAUGUCGCCGCUCCUAAAGAUCACGAGGAGUCGCAGGCGGCGCCCAGAAUGCUGCGUCUGCAGAUGACGGACGGUCACACGUCCUGCACCGGCCUCGAGUACAAACAAAUGUCCAAAAUCAGUCUGAACACUCCUCCUGGAACCAAAGUGAAGCUCCUGGGGGCCGUCCAGCUUAAAAAUGGCCUUCUGCUAUUGGACGAUUCCAAGAUCACGGUUCUCGGAGGCGAAGUGGAUCACAUGAUCGAGAAGUGGGAGUUUCAGAGGAGCCUGGCCAAACACAGCCGAAGAAACAUUGGUGCAGAAGGAGGACCCCCUCCAUUCGUUCCCUUUGGACAGAAAUGUGCUCAGAAGGAGCAGGUGGACAGCAGAGCUCUGGAUCAGAGGAAGACCCUGCAGAGCACCAACACUGUCAGAUCUGCUGACGACAACGAUGAGUUUGAGAAACAAAGAAUCGCUGCUAUCGCAGAGAUCGCCAAGAGCAAAGAGAUGCGUACGUUCGGCGGUGGAGGCAAUGCAGGCGGAAACCUCGCCAAUCCAGGAUCCACCUACAAGAGCCGAGACACCUAUCAAAGAAGACAAGAAGAGAGAGAAAAGCUGUGGACGGAGAACAAGUCAGAAGGAGUUUACAGAGAUUUGGUUGAUGAGCGCGCUUUGAGGGACAUCAUGGAGAUGGGCUUUAACCGAGAGGCAGCCAGACAGGCCCUGCUGGAUAACAACAAUAACAUGGAGGUGGCCCUCAACUUCCUGCUCACUAGAACAAACCAUCCCAAAGUGGCCCAAACGGAGCAGAGCCGCCCACCGCCUCGAGGAAAGGGUCGUGGAAGGGGACGCUUCAGACAAGACGAGGAUGAGGAAGCAGGAGGAAGGCCAUCUGGACCCAGCACACUGUUUGACUUCCUGGAGUCAAAAAUGGGGACACUGUCCAUUGAUGAGUCUAAGAACCAACCUUCACUACAUGAUCACCCAUUUAAGAUGACAUUCCCCAGCACCGAUCAAAUGUCCAGAGAUGCCACCCAGUACAAACACCCUACCCGAAACGAGGGGCGCUCACAGAGAAACGACAGGCCUCCACGUUUCCAGAAGGACGGAGACUUUCCUAAACCCAGCGUGGCCUCCUCCCAGCCACAGAAAUGGAGGGACAGGGAAGAGCGAACAGGAAGAGGAGGCCCAGAGCGAUGGAAGAAUGAGUCUCAAGAUGCUAGACAAACAUACACCUCGAUGGGGAAGUCUAGGGAACAGCAGGGUAGCUCUGGAAAGGAAUAUAGUGGGUCAAAAAGCUUCCAGCAGGAACCACAUAACGGCGGAUUGAAAGAGCAGGAUGGGACAGGAUCUGCGUCGUUUAGGAAAAACCAAUCAAACGGAUCCGUGGCAUCCAAGUCCUCAAAUCCUGCUGGCCCGGAUCAGAAGGACAACAGAAGGAAAGGCAAGCCGGAAAGACCCAAUUCGGGCUACUUUGAGCGUUUCCAGGAUGCAACGAAAAAAGACUUUUCGCAGGAUGCUGGAUUGGGGCAGGGCAUCAAAGUGGGCGGGGUUUCAAACGCGCAGCUCCCUAAUGGUGAUUUAGAACACAGACGCACCGGUCCAAUCAAGUCGCAGUCUUCAGCUCCGCCUCAAAAACAAACCAAUAUGCAUAACUCCGCCCCCAAGAAACGAUCCGGACCAAUCAAAGGUCAGAGAGAGAUGAAGGAUGCAAAUAAUCAAGUAGACUGGAGAGCUGGUGACCAGUGUCUAGCGCUCUACUGGGAAGACAAUAAGUUUUAUCGGGCGAGAAUCGACGCCAUCCACCCGUCUGGAUCCACGGCUGUGGUUGUGUUCAGCGACUACGGCAACUGUGAAGAAGUUCUGCUUCACAAUAUCAAACCUCUGCACAUGGAUGUGUGGGAUGAUGAAGACGUUUACUAUGAGAAUUCACUUGAAUUUCGAAGAGGAGGAGAUGGACAGCCUCGCCGCUCUCGACCCACACAACAAUAUUACCAACCGCCUCGUGCAAGAGACUGAUUCGCGCUCACACAGUCACACAUCCACACCCUUCUCUAGCAAGGGAACUCAACUGAUUUGGUAAACCAACACUCUUAGGUCAGGACUAGAUCAGGUUUACAGCUCUUACUCUUCUGCUAAUAGACCCGUCUAGCAUUGUGUAGUUUCCGUAGAUCAAUAUGAAUGCAACAUGAUGUUCUCUGCCCAUGCAAGUAAUUAUCAUCUCAUUAUCCAGUAGUAAAUGACUCUAAUUGGAGAAGAUUACAUGCAGUUUGUUGUACCUUUUCAGAAGCAUCACUAUUAACAGCUAAAUAUAUAGGACAUGCUAAUUGAGUGAAUAUCAGAAUAUUUCAGCCCCAAAAUUUGCAUUGUGACAUCCUUAGGACUUAGCUAAUAAUUAAAGAUUGCAAUUAAUAAUUAAUACAUUAUUAAUAAUUAUUGUUAUAUAUUUUUAUGACCGUGAUAUUUUCUUAAUUUUUAUUUAAACACAAUUUCAGUAUUUUUCUAAUGCAAUACAGUAAAAAUCUUACAGUAGUUUAAAUGUGCAUAAUCAUGAAAAUGUCACAAUGCAAAAUAUCUGAAUGAUCCUUAAAUAGGUUUCCUUCUCUUUAUGCAAUCUUUUUUUUUUAUUUUUUUGGGGGUUGAAAUAUGACCUGGACAUGAGAUGUUGUGAGAUUCACUAAAUAAGCAUUCGUAAAAGUCACAUGACAAUGCUUCAGUUCGAUGCCUGAGUGAAUCUGUGCGAGGUACUCGCUGCGCUCCAUAUGCACGGUCUCAUGCGACUUAAAAGGAGACAACAAAACACUAUCUGAUACAUUUGUGUUUGAUCUCAAAGAUGUUUUUUUUUUUUAAUUCAAAGACUGUUGAUUUGAUCCCUAGAGGAGGAGAUGAAAGAACAUAUCUCAAAAAUAUCUGAUCCCUGUCUUGGCAUGGGAGACGGAUUCAUAAGGGCUUGCAGCACACGUUGCAUUGAUGAAUUCUGGACUCUGUGAAAUUUGCCAUGCAAAAGGCUGCUGUACACGGUGACUAUUUGUAAAGGACUUGAUAUUAAUAAUUAUAAAAGCUCUAUGCUCUUUUGUUCAAAACUCAA